CGGUCAAUAUAACGCCGUCUGGAACAAUAAUUUAGGCCUCUCCAGAACAAGGUUCGUUGCCUCCACACGUCCUUCAACUCCUCAGCUUUGAAAUUCCCGGCAAACACAAGCACUUAUCACCGUUUACACAGGCAUGACUCGCGGUUUUUAGUUGGAGUGAAGUAGCUUCUUGAAAAGCUGAUGAUAAACUGCUUGUAGUAGAGGUACAGAUGGAUUUUUUCUUUAAGGGAAUGAACGAGGAAGCAACUGAGUGCCCCUUCGAAGAAAAAGACAUUCUGAGAUGUCCAUUCUUGAGGAACAUCAACAAACCUACCAGCUUUGCUCUCUCAACUGCAAACUUCCCUGUUCCUGUAAGGGGAGGAAAAGGUCCAAUCUUUGAAGAUGGCCCCAGUUUUGAUUCUGCAUUUAAGCUCUUUCAUGGAAAGGAUGGGGUAGUCCCACUCUCAGGGAGGUCUCACUUUUGUACUGAGAACUCGGAACCUGAGCCUGUGCCUCAGUUUAACCCUUUAGCCGCAAAAGCUGCUACUAUCAGUUUGUCAGCAUUUGGACCUGGAGGGCCAUUCAGUUUUGGUCCCUUUUCCGAUAAAUUUAGGAAGCAGAAAAAGAAAUCCGAGUCAUCCAAAAAGAGAGACCCAUCUUCUCAGGAAGGAGAAUUGUCAAAACAUGAGGCACUGGGAAAUGAGUGGUUAGAAACUGGGAACUGUCCAAUUGCCAAGUCAUACAGAGCUGUAAGCCGUGUCCUUCCACUUGUUGCAACAGCUCUUCAGCCACCUCCUGGCAUGAAGUUUAAAUGCCCACCUGCAGUAGUUGCUGCCAGGGCUGCCCUUGCCCGGACUGCCCUUGUUAAGACUCUCCGCCCUCAGCCACUUCCGGCAAAGAUGCUCGUUAUAGGGGCCUUGGGCAUAGCAGCUAACAUCCCACUCGGCAUAUGGAAGGAACACACUAAAAAAUUCUCGCCGUCAUGGUUUGCUGCAAUUCACGCAUCAAUACCAUUCAUAGCCAUGCUUAGGAAGUCUGUUUUGAUGCCCAAACAUGCUAUGGUAGUAACAAUUGGAGCUUCCAUCCUAGGACAGGUCAUUGGCUCCAGAGCUGAGCGGUUUCGGCUGAAAGCCAAUACUGAAAAGGUAAAGGCAGCAGCACAGGUAGCUACUCUGGAUGCAGCUGCAGGGCAUUCCUCGGGCCAGAUUGAUGGCUUUACCGGUGCUCAUUGCGGCGCGGAAGGAACGAUGUGGGACCCACUUCCUAUCAAGGCUUCUAGGCCCACAUCUUCAUCAGCCAGUGUGUGUUUCUGAGCCUGUUGCCAUCACUUAACAAGGUGAAAUUAUGGUUAAUAAUAAGUAGGCAAACAAUAUUUGAAGGCUAAAGAGGAUCCUAAGAAUUGGAAGUUGGCUUUUGUAAUAUACAUUAUGAACUCUGUGGCAAAAGGUGUGAUUCAGCCAUAUCUAAUGCUAUUAAUAAAAAAUAUUACUGGAAAACAUCUUGUUCUUGAAAUUUCAUGUGUAACAUGCUCUAUGUAUUUAAAAGGAAACUAUAUGUUAUUUGGAACUUUGCA